AUGUCCCAUCGGCUGUCGGUGCCGGACACGCCCGAGCCAGAGAGGUUGAAGCCAUCAUCGUUGCAGUGCCACGUCUCGGACUUUGGAUCGUCGCCCCAGGCGGUUGUGUCUGCCGCCGCCAUGUCCCUCAAGUCCAAAGUGUCGAUGGCGUCGUUGACGUCGUCCAUGGUCAAAGCCAACCCCAAAGUCCAUCGAGUGCCCACCGAUCGGAGCCACGUGGCGUCGUUCCAGAAGCUGCUCUCGUCUUUCGACGAAGGAGAUAACGCCCUCAGAAUCGUCACCACGCUCAACUCGUUGCUGCAGUCCAUCGUCUCGGCCGUCGUGACGGACAUCGACAACGCCAAGAUCGCGCGGGAGGCAUCGUUUGUGCGGGGGUACUUCAUCUUGGAGACCCUCGAGCUGGACCAAGUGGUGGCAUCGCUGGAAGACAGUCUCGACCAAGCUUACGUUCGCGUCCAGGCUCUGCAGGACGAGCUCAAGGCCAUGGUGCACACACACAAGCGCAAAAUCGCCGAAGCCAAGCUCAUGGCCGUCAUCCACGAUGCCACGUACGAUUGA